CAAGCUCAGAAUAUGCAGAGCUGCAGGCAAGCAUAUCCUUAAAUUCUUCGUCACUGCCCGCACCACCUUGAUUAAGUUCUCUCUCGAUCUUCCCUAAGAAACUAAGCAUAGCUCUUGUAUCAUCAUCCCGGUGCAACGAUGAUGGUGUAUGUGCGCACAUGGAUGGUGGUGGUGGCGCUAGUAUGCACGCUAGCCCUGCUGCUGCACUCAGCAAACGCGCAGGCGGCCGCCGCUCCAUCGCUGUCGUCGUCACCGGCACAGAAGCCCAAGUGCGUGCCCGGGCCUGCGUCGCCGUGCCGUGUGGGCGCGUCCUUGCGUGACCCGGAGAACCAGGAGGAGGAGGGGAUAUUCAAUGUGAAGGCGAGGGCGCCAAGUGGUGCGGGAGAGACAGACAGCGACGAUGACUACAGUGACCCGGACCAGCCCAAAGACCCCGACCAGGCUGAUGACGACGACCUUGUCAUUGUCGGCCACUGAUCGAUAAGAUAGAUCGGCCGGUCCGGCAUGACUGCUCAUGCUUGCUGCUAGAUUUCUUUUUCAGAUUAGGGAUGAGCUACUGUUACCUUUAUGGGACUACCAUAAAGGCCACGUAGAAUGUGCAAUCACGUUGUACGUAUUGGUGGGGAUUGAGAUUAACCAAGGUGUAAAACAGUGACCCGUCUUCUAUAUAUUUCUGUGCCCUUUGAUCAAUCUCUGGCUACCAACAUAUUCGGCCCACACACAAUUGGUCAGUAAUAGCUUGUUGUUAAUGUCUUCAUGAGUGACUUUUUAUUUUAUUUGUUGCAACGAAGGGACAGUCUUGUAUCUCAGCGUACCAGAAAAAAUUUCCAGUCUUUUCCAGAUUGUGUAAUGUUUGUGGGUACAGUGUAUUUUACUGAGAACCAUACUGUUAUGAUGGAACCAGCAUAUACUAGAAUAUUCUUUCCGUGAUUAUGAGGUUUGACUAAUCUGUGGUGGAAAGUUUAGUGUGCGCAUGGAAAUGAUAGUUCUUUUGAAAAGCUAU